GUUGAAUUUUUCUACAGCCUGGUCUACUAAUGCAGUGUCAAUGUGUCAUUCUGCUGGAUUGCACCAAAUACACCGAAUUGAGUGCUCCAAGCGCUUUCUCAUUCAAGUAAAAAACAAAGAUGGGGAAGAUGUUGCCUUGGCAACAGAUGAAGCUAAAAAGUUGACCUCUGUUUUACAUGACAGAAUGACAGAAUGUGAAUAUCAGACACCAUUGGAUAGUUUUAAUAUAGAUGUAAAACCAGAACCAGUCUAUGUUGUAAAUGUUAUGGAGGAGGGUAGAAAAGCUUUGGAAAAAGCCAAUAAUGAUUUAGGUCUUGCAUUUGAUGACUGGGAUUUAGACUACUAUACAACAAUGUUCAAAGAGAAAAUCAAAAGAAACCCUACAAGUGUGGAGUGUUUUGAUCUGGCACAGUCCAACAGUGAACAUAGCAGGCAUUGGUUUUUUAAAGGACGAAUGGUAAUAGACGAUAUAGAACAUGAAGACUCCUUAUUUACAAUGGUGAUGAAUACGCAAGAGAAUAGUAAUGAUAAUAAUGUUAUUAAAUUUUCUGAUAAUAGCAGUGCAAUAAAAGGGUUUGAUGUUAAGUUAAUUUGUCCAACUGAUCCAUUGUGUAGUAGUGUUUUUACUGAAAAACGACUACUGAGGCAUAUCAUAUUCACUGCAGAAACUCACAACUUCCCCACAGGUGUAGCUCCUUUCAGUGGUGCUACAACCGGUACCGGAGGCAGAAUACGAGAUGUUCAGGCUGCAGGUAGAGGUGCCCAUGUUGUAGCUGGUACAGCCGGUUACUGCUUUGGAAACCUGCACAUACCAGACUAUGAUCUUCCAUGGGAAGAUAAAUCCUUUAUUUACCCUGGUAACUUUGCAUCACCUUUGGAGGUUGCAAUAGAAGCCAGCAACGGUGCUUCAGAUUAUGGAAACAAAUUUGGGGAACCAGUAUUGGCCGGUUUUGCAAGGUCAUUUGGUAUGAAUAUCACAGAAACAGAACGGAGAGAGUGGGUUAAACCCAUCAUGUUUAGCGGUGGUAUUGGAUCAUUGGAACACCAACAUAUAGCAAAAUUAUCACCUAAAUCAGGUAAUGUUUUGAAAGAGAUUUGUGAACCUGCUGGUGCUAUUAUUAGAGUGAAUGAUUUCCAGCUGGCUGAUCCAACCAUUAAUACAUUAGAACUAUGGGGGGCUGAAUAUCAAGAAAGUAACGCUGUCUUAAUCAAAUCCAAAGAUAAAGAUAAUCUUCAAAAAUUAUGUAACAGAGAAAAGUGUCCUGUAUCAUUUGUUGGAAAUAUUACAGGAGAUGGAAUA